AUGUUCCUCACAAGGACUGAGUAUGAUAGAGGAGUUAACACUUUCUCUCCGGAAGGCCGAUUGUUUCAAGUUGAAUAUGCCAUUGAAGCCAUCAAGUUGGGUUCCACUGCGAUCGCCAUAAAAACUAAGGAAGGGGUGGUUCUUGCGGUCGAGAAGCGCAUUACCUCUCCACUUUUGGAGCCUAGCAGUGUGGAGAAGAUUAUGGAAAUCGAUGAGCAUAUUGGCUGUGCUAUGAGUGGUUUAAUUGCUGAUGCCCGAACUCUGGUUGAACAUGCUCGAGUUGAAACUCAGAAUCAUAGGUUCUCUUAUGGCGAACCCAUGACAGUCGAGUCAACUACACAAGCUCUCUGUGACCUUGCCCUGCGAUUUGGUGAAGGAGACGAAGAAUCAAUGUCUAGACCGUUUGGUGUAUCUCUUCUUAUCGCUGGUCAUGAUGAGAAUGGUCCCUGCUUGUACUAUACUGAUCCUUCUGGCACAUUCUGGCAAUGCAAUGCAAAAGCCAUUGGUUCAGGUUCUGAAGGUGCUGACAGCUCUUUGCAAGAGCAGUAUAACAAGGAUCUAAGUCUUAAAGAAGCUGAGACCAUAGCACUUUCCAUUUUGAAGCAAGUUGUGGAAGAAAAGGUUACCCCCAAUAAUGUUGAUAUUGCUAGUGUGGCCCCAAGAUAUCAUCUUUACACCCCAUCUGAGGUCGAAGCUGUUAUCAAUCGCCUAUGA